AUGCGUGCGCUACGGCGGCGGCAAGCGAGCGGGGACACCAUCUUGGCCCCGCUCCUGCCACCGGGCAUCGUUCAGCUGGGCCCACAGCGCCCCAAACCGCAGCUGGUAAGGACACGCCGUGGGGAUGACGUGGCGCUGCGGGACAAUUUCCGCCUGCAGCCGGGUGAUUUGGUGGCCACGGCGGGGCAAGCGUUGGAGCUGGAUUGCGUGCCGCCCUCGGGGCACCCCGAACCCCGCGUCACCUGGAAGAAGGAUGGGGUGACCUUAGACUUGACUGGUGACCGGUACGUGGUCACCAACGGGAAGUUGCGGGUGGCACCGGCGCGACGGAGCGACUCCGGGCUCUACGUCUGCGUGGCGGCCAACGCGGCGGGCGAGAGGGAGAGCCGGGGCGCCCACGUCUCCGUCCUGGAGAAGCCGACCAUCGUGCGGCGCCCAGCUGAUGCCGUAGCGGUGGCCGGCAGCACCGUGGAGCUGGGCUGCGGCACCCAAGGUGACCCGGCGCCGCGGGUGCAGUGGCACAAGGAGCACGGGGACCUGCCCUGGGGCAGGCAUGAGGUGGACCGGGAGCACACGUUGCGCCUCUACGCCGUGAUGCCCGCCGACGCCGGCACCUACGUGUGUACAGCACAGAGCCAGCUGGGCACCGCCGCCGCCACCGCCCGCCUCCGCGUGGAGGACCGGCUGCCGACGGGCCGGCGGGAGGCUGCACCCCGGGACCUGCUGGCCAUGAGGCUGCACCUGGACAAUGGCACGGCGCUGCCCGCGGCCGCCGUCCAGCUUCGCUGGCGGAUGCUGACACCGGCGCUGGCGCCGGAGGGCUACGUGGUGCUGUACCGCUGCCUGCUCCCUGCCAGCACCUCCUGGGUCCAACACGAUGCAGGCAGGGAGCUCAGUGCCGUCAUCCCCGCGCUCCGCAGGGGCUACAAGUACGAGUUCAAGGUCCGACCCUACGCUGGAGGGACCCAGGGCUUGGACAGCAACAUCAGGCACCUCUGGAUACCCGAGGAAGUACCAAGUGCAGCGCCCCAGCACGUCACCGUGGGCCAGGCUGAGAUGGGGAACGGCACCGUGGUCGUGAGCUGGGAGCCACCUCCUCCUGAGGCCCAUAAUGGCAUCAUUCAGGGCUACAAGGUCUGGUCAAUGGGCGAGGGCUGGCAGCGCCCCACCAACAGGACAGUGGAUGGAGGCACCCGCCGCCUGGAAACCCUCCUGCCGAGCCCCGGGGCCGAAUUCUGCGUCCAGGUGGCGGCUUUCAACAGCGCGGGCCUGGGGGUCCCCAGCAAUGCCACCUGCAGCGUCCUGGGGCUGACGGCAGGGAGCAAUGGGGUGGUGCGGGCGCUGCAGCAGCCCGCUGUCAUCGCAGCCGCCGGCUCGCUGCUCUGGUUGGCCUUGCUCGCCCUCCUCCUCCUCCUCUGCCAGCGCCGUGCCAGCCAGGACGCUGUGGCUCGCCACAGGCUGGUGGCUGGGGAGCCGCCGCAGCCGUCCUUGGAGCCGCCGAGCCUCGGCCCCCCCACGCCCCCCAACCGCAGCAGCCUCCGCGGGGGGCAUCCCCUGCCCCUUGGGGACAGCGGGUGCCGCGGCGGGGGGCACCCCGGGGUGCGCACCUCGCCCAGCACCCCGAACCCGGCACCCUGGGAGCGCAUCCGCAAGAGAGAGCUGCACCAAGUGCACAGCACCCCGGUGCUCACGGGUGGCCCCGGCCAUGUCCCCGUCACCGGGAGUGGAGGUGAGUGGGGGACGGAUUUUGGGCUGGCAGCCGGGUGGCCUCAGCGAAGGGGACACGAUGGUGACACCGACACCGCCGUGCUGGCCGGAGGGGGCCCGCAGCAGGUGCCGGUCUUCAGCUCCCCAAAACCGCGGCGGGGCAGUGCCUCGCUGGCCUCUGGUGUCACCGGGUCACCGGUGACACCCCCGAGGCCACCCCAUGCCUGGCACCCGCCGGUGACCCGGUCCCCGGCCACCGCGUGCCCCAGGGACAUGUCCCCGGUCACCAGGCACCCCAGGGACAUGUCUCCAGUCACUGGGAUCCCCAGGGACACGUCCCCGGUCACCAGGCACCCCAAGGACAUGUCCUUGGUCACUGGGAUUCCCAGGGACACAUCUCCGGCCACCCGGCGCCCCAGGGACACAUCUGUGGUCACUGAGAGCCCCAGGGAUGUGUCACCGGUCACCGGGCGCCCCAGGGACAUGUCCCUGGUCACUGAGCACCCCAAGGACAUGUUCCUGGCCACCAGGCACCCCAAGAACCCAUCACCAGCCACCGGGCACCAGAGGGACACAAUCUCAGCCUCCAGGCACCCUGAGGACACGUUCCUGGUCACCAGGUGCCCCAGGGACGUGUCCCCGAUCACCAGGCACCCCAAGGAGAUGUCCCCAGUCCCCAGUCCCCACAGGGACAGGUUCCUGGGCAGCAGGUACCCCAAGGACAUGUCCCCAGCCACCAGCCACCCCAGGGACCCAUCACCGGUGACCAAACACCAGAGGGACAUGUCACCGGCCACCAGGCACCCCAAGAACACGUCCCCAGCCAGUGGGCACCCAAGGGACACGUCCCCCGUCACUAAGCUCCCCAAGGAGAAGUCCCCAGCCACCGGGCACCGCAGGGACACAUUCCUGGCCACCAGAUACCCAAAGGACACGUCACCAGCCACCAGGUAUCCAAAGGACACGUCCCCAGACACCAGGUACCCCAGGGACACGUCCCCCAUCACCAGGCACCCUGAGGAUAUGUCCCCAGUCACCGGUCACUGCAAGGACACGUUCUUGGUCACCAGGUACCCCAAGGACGUGUCCCCAGACACCAGGUGCCCCAGGGACCCAUCACCGGUGACCAGGCACCCAAGGGACAUGUUCCUGAUCACCAGGUACCCUGAGGACAUGUUAGCAGCCACCAGGCACCCGAGGGACACAUCCCCAGCCACCGGGCACCCAAGGGACACAUCCCCAGUCACCAGGCACCCUGAAGAGACGUCCCCAGUCACUGGUCACCGGAGGGACAUGUUCUUGGGCAACAGGUACCCCAAGGACACGUCCCCAGCCACCAGGCACCCCAGAGACCCAUCACUGGCGACCAGGCACCCAAGGGACAUGUUUCUGUCCGCCAGGUACCCCAAGGACACGUCCCCAGCCACCAGGUACCGAAGGGACAGGUCCCCGGUCACCGGACGCCUCUCGCCAUCAUUCAGCGAUGGGGUCCUCACGCCGCAGCAGGUGGCCGAGGACCUGGAGAUGGACCAGGGCACCGCCUGCCCCAGCCCCCCGGCGCCGGCCACGCCACGGUCCUUCUCACCGCCACACACAUAUGGCUACAUCUAUGGGCCACCAGCCUCUGAGCUGGGCGAGGAGGAGGAGGAGGAGGAAGAGGAGGAGGCAGAGCGGCCAACGACAAGGGGCUCACCGGGGGGAUCGCUGCUGAACGGCUGGGGGUCUGUCUCAGAGGACAACUUCGCCAGCGCCCGCUGCAGCUUGGUGAGCUCCUGCGAUGGCUCCUUCCUCCUGGAUGCCAGCUUUGCCCGGGCGCUGGCCGUGGCUGUCGAUGGCCUCUGCUUCAGCCUCGAGGACACCGAUGGGGGCUACGGGGGUGAGUGA